CAACGGCAUUCAAUGUACGCGUGGAAAUUUCAUUUUCAUUAUGUUUAAGAGUUUUGUGACUUAGUUGGACUAAUAUAUAAAACAUAAAAUUUAAAAAUAUACAGUUCUUGAGUUCUUUCCAAUUGUAUUUGUGUGUUUAAUUGAAGCUGUCGUUUGUAAAGCUAUUAAAAAGUUGAAGUUGACCUGACUUAUAAUGAAAAUAUUAUUUUCUCCUAUAUUUGCAUUUUCAUAGUAAUACUGGAACUAUGUUUGCUAAGCCAAUUAGUUUAGCAAUAUUAAUAUCUACAACCCUGGGGUGCUAUUUGUUUCCUAACGACGUGCCGGACCCUUGCCGUGGUGUGAUUUGCGGGCCCGGGGAGCUGUGCCGGCCGACGGCGGACGGGCGCAGCUACACGUGUGAGUGCCCCGCUUCGUGCCCCAGCUAUGGGGACCACGAGGGCGCCCGGCCACUGUGCGCCAGCGAUGCUCACGAUUACAAUGGGGAAUGUGAGAUGCGGCGGGCGGCUUGCGAGACCAAUACGAAUAUUACCUUCAAAUACUUUGGCAAGUGUGAUCCAUGCGCUGGUGUAACUUGUCCAGACCCAGAAAUUUGUCAAUUAGACGAUAAAAGGUCACCAUCGUGUCGCUGUGCCGAACCGUGCCCACUAGAAUUUUCACCAGUGUGUGCAUCCGACGGGAAAACUUAUUCCAACGAGUGUCAGAUGCACAGAGAGUCAUGCCGUGCUAGGAAACAGUUGAAGAUUAUUUUUAAAGGACAGUGUAGUUCUGGUGUAAACCCAUGUGCCGAGGUCGAAUGUCGUUACGGCGCUGAGUGCCGUGUAGAAGGCAGUGGUGCAGUGUGCGCGUGCCCGCCGCCGUGCGAGCCCGUGCUGCGGCCCGUGUGCGGGUCGGACGCGCGCACGCACGACAGCGAGUGUGAGCUGCGACGCGCUGCGUGUCUGCUGGGCAGGGAGCUGAAGGUGCUCCAUGCGGGUGCUUGUGGUUCGAACGGUGUAUGCGCGGACCGCGUGUGCCCGCACGGCGGCGAGUGCGUGGCGUCGGGCGCGCGCGGCGUGUGCCGCUGCCCGCGCUGCUCCAACGAGUUCGCGCCCGUGUGCGGCUCCGACGGCAUCUCCUACGGCAACCGGUGCAAGCUGCAGCUCGAGGCCUGCCGACAUAGGCGAGACGUGCAAGUGCUGUAUGACGGACCCUGCAAUGGUUGCGAAAACAAAAAGUGCGAAUUUUAUGCGGUCUGUGAAAGUGACGGAGUAUCAGAAGCAAGCUGCGUAUGUCCUAAGCAUUGUGAAGAAGGAACUGAAACCGAAGAGGUGUGCAGCAACGACAAUCGAACCUUUAGCAGCGUGUGUUCUCUGCGGGAUAAAGCCUGUCGCGAAAAGAAACGAAUUUUUGUGAAACAUAUGGGGUCCUGCGAAUCGUGUCACAAUGUCCAAUGCCCCAACGGCAUGUGGUGUUCGCGCGGUAAGUGCGCGUGUACGGGCCAUUGUGAAGGCGCGCCUCGAGAGCCAGUCUGUUCCGACACUGGGAGAACUUUCCAGAACGAAUGUGCUUUACUACAAGCCGCUUGUGAAGCGAGGAUGAGGGGAGAGACGCAGAUACGAGUCGCGUACUACGGGGAAUGUACGGAAACUGUGGAUAAUAGUAAUGAAGCAGUAGCAAACCGAACAUCCAAACCGGGCGACACCGCGAACGAAAUAAGCGCCAUAGAAUCAAGCGGUUCAGGCGCUGUAUGCGCACGAGUGCAAUGCGCGUACGAAGCGACCUGCGCAGUGGAUGGGAGCGGCCAGCCGCGCUGUGCGUGUCUGUUCGACUGUGCGGCCGCUAGCGCUGGGGCUCCCGUUUGUGCUUCUGACUUGCGGCUGUAUCCCACUCUGUGCCAUAUGAAGUUGGAGGCUUGCAGGCGGCAAGAGGACUUGCGGUUACGGCCUUUGGCUCUCUGUCGAGGCUUGGAGUUCCGACCGUGUGGUGAUGACGAGCCGCUAACAGAUCCAGAAGGUCGUAAGAUGGAUUGUGGCGGUGGUCCUCAUCGCAAAGAUUGUCCCGCAGGAAGCUAUUGUCAUCACACUGCUAAAGCGGCCACGUGCUGCAAGAAAGACAAAGGCGUAGUAGACAAAAAGGAUUGCCAGGAAUCCUGGUAUGGUUGUUGUUCGGACGGUGUCACAGCAGCUAAAGGUCCCGGAGGAGCCGGUUGUCCUUCCCAAUGUGGUUGCCAUAGACUUGGCUCAGAGACUGAACAGUGUGAUACUGAAGGUCAAUGUGUGUGUCGCCCUGGAGUUGGUGGGGAGAAAUGUGACCGAUGUGAACCGGGGUAUUGGGGACUGCCAAGAAUUGGGACAGGACACACGGGGUGUAUACCUUGCGGUUGUUCAGCAUUUGGAUCGGUGCGUGAAGAUUGUGAGCAAAUGACGGGACGCUGCGUUUGCAAGCCCGGCAUACAGGGACAGAAGUGCACCGUUUGUUCCAAUCAUGAACAUACUUUGGGACCUAAUGGAUGCUUUGAUCCGGAAUCGACUCAACUACCAGCGACAAACUGUGACCAUAUGACGUGCUAUUUCGGCGCAUAUUGCGUUGUACGAAGCGGCCUCGCAACUUGUGAGUGUGCGGCCACGGAAUGUGCUGGGAAAGAGCAACCCGCCGUAUGUGGCAGUGACGGUCGAACCUACCUCUCCACUUGUCACCUACGAACCCACGCCUGUAGAACACAAUCCGAUACAGUGGUACAAGCUUUCGGACCUUGCGGUGAUUCCCCCACCGUCCGUCGAGAGAAUAUGCGCACGAUACAUAGUGUGGUGAUAAAAAACGAAAUGAGCAGUGGCUGUAGUAAAAAAACGCAAGAUAAGAUGCCUCUCGAAUAUGAUGAAUACGAGGAGGAACGAUUUGGCGCGAACGACGUUGAUUACGAGUAUCCCAUAAUAUACGACGAGUAUUUCUACGAACACGAGAACGGGUUGUAUUCCGCUCCAUUGUUCGAUGGGCGGGCCCGAAUGACAGCUCGCAUGUUAUUACCGGCUAAACGAUUCGAUAUUUGGGCUGAAGUUUCCGCCGUCUGCGGCAGAGGCACUUUAAUGAGCGCUUCGGGAGUCAGGGAUUAUUUAUGGUUGGGAAUUAUCGAUGGCAAGGUCGAGAUGCGUGUGGACGCGGGUAGCGGGCCUUUGGAGCUUCGUUCCGGCAAAGUGAAUAUUGAUAACAAGUCCAAAUUAUGGGCGAGGAGAUAUAAGAAGGAUGCAGUGUUGAAUGUUGGAAGUAUAACGGCGAGAGGGACUACGCAAGGCAGAAUGACGUCAGUCGAUGUGGAACCUUAUUUACAUAUUGGACUGCCACCACAUAAUGACUCCGUGCUAUCAAGCUUCACUAUCCCCGGGUUCGUGGGCUGCGUCCACCGCUUGCGCGUGAACGGGCGUGACGUCAUACCGCCCUCUCGCGGCCUGUCCCUAACAUCGCACGGACUGCGUGCGUGCACGCCGCAGAAUUUAGCCGAGUUAGAAUGCCCUUGAUAAUUAAUAAAUUAUGAUAAAUGAUUUUUGGAGAAAUAAUAUAUUGAUACUCUUUGGAGAAAUUAUCGAAAGUCUUGUUGAUAUUUUUGUGAUCUUAUUGUUAUGCGAGGGUGAGAAUUUAAGACUAUGAAGCAGUUUUAAAACGAGAAUUUUGCAAGUAUUAAUGCGGUUGAAGUGUAACAGUGUGAUAGGUAGAUCGUUGUUUAUUCGUUGAUAAGCCUUAGGUUCAAAGUUAUUAAGUAAAAAAAGUUAUUUAUUUAUUUAUUUAUUUAUUCACACAGUUAUUACAUUUACGUCAACUAUGUUUUAUGUUUGCACUUUGAUAUGUUUAGAAUAGAUCAAACACGAAAUAAAGGGGACUCUUUUUAACGCAGAAAAUAAUUUCAUAAUUUUAUUCAAGA